AUACUUGAGCUGUUUUUCGGCCGGAAUUGAUGCCAGAUCUCGCCGUAAAAUUACACUAAAUUACAUUAGCUAAUGCCCUUCCCAACCCUAAACCUAACAUUACAAUAAAGAAAAAAGUAAUUAACUGUUGUCAGUGAGACAAAAAUGAUGCGGUAUUGAAGUGCGCAUGCCCAGUGGAGGUAGCUGUGUCCCUUCUAGCCGAAACCGCGACCAACACGACUUUUUUCUUUCUGUUGCGAAUUAAAGAAACAAACAUACAGAUAUGUCUGUGGAUUGGUUUGGUUAUGGUUAUGCAGCUCUUAUAACGAUAGGGGGGAUUAUUGGUUAUGUUAAAGCAGGUAGUGUCAUGUCUUUGACUGCUGGGCUCCUGUUUGGCAUCGCAGCGUUUGUUGGCGCUUAUCAGAUGUCAAGAAAUGACAAAGAUAUCUGGGUUUCGUUGGGCACCUCUGGAUCACUGACUGCUGUAAUGGGAGCAAGAUUUCUAAGUUCAUGGACAUUUAUGCCAGCUGGACUCAUGACAGGGGCGAGUUUGUUGAUGUUCGUGAGGAUAGGUGUAAAAAUACUACAGACUUCACAAAAGAAGAAAACGUGAAGGGCACAGCCACACUGAAAUAGUUUCAUUUUCCAGUCCAGUAGUUUUUGGACUGGAACAAGUUAUUUCUCUUUAUGUGCUGAUUUUGAUACGAUCCAAGUGCAUUUAUUAUUUCAUUUGUAUACAUUUAUGUGUUUUUCUGGCCAAUAAAUGCCUUGAUGGUCGACCAAACAUUUGUUCCAAAUGUUCAAACGAGUUUAUAUACUUUUACCUACAGGGGGCGCCGAGAUCUUUUAUAAAACCUGUAUUUUUUAAACCAAACCACACAAAUGG